ACCGUGUCUGCGCUUUUGCUGUUGGUGACUUCAUGCUUCUCUUUGUCUGCUCCCUCCACUGAGCUCUCUCCCAGCAGCAGCAGCAGCAGCAGCGAUGGUGCACAGAGACUGGUGAUCUCAGCUAGUGUAAUGCCUUUUUCAUAAGCUCUCAGCAGCAGGACAAUAGCAGCAAUUUGCCAACAGUAUCACCAACAAGCACCAGCUGAAUCUUCCCUGAGACCGAGAUGGGGCGUCUGUGUGAGAGGUGCGCGCAGCUCAUUCAGGACUUUGUGAACUUUGUCAAGAGAUUGUCUUCCAGGAUAGUGGAUCACAUCAAGGAGUACAUGGCGCUCAUCAGCGAGUGUUGCUGUUUGAACCCAGGUGGCUCAAAAGUCAGGCAGCUUUAUGAGCCUGUUCUGCAAAACCAUGAGAAGCAAGCUGCCCAGGAAUUCCUCAAUCACAUGGAAACAGGAUUAAAUGAGUCACCGGUGGGAAAAGAAACCCUGGAUGCGUUGAUGAUCUUGGCGUUUUCUGAAAAUACUAACCUUCAGCAUUCUGCUGCUCUUUACUAUCUGCAUAUGAGCCAGCACAUGAAUUCCCAGCUGCCACCAGAGUUCCUGGAGCCAUACCAGCCGUUGCUGCAGUCCAGUGACCUGGAGGUCCAGCAGAUGUCUUCUUUGUCCCUUGUGAACUUUCUUCUUGAAGGAAACUUGAAUAAAGAGCUUGUUGUCCAGGUGGGAUUACUUGAGCCGAUACUUGAGAUGCUGGAGUCCGGGGAUUCCGCCGUACAAUGUAAUUCCUGCGCCUGCAUCAUGACUUUGGCAAUCACAGAAUCCAAUCGUGAGGCCAUUGGUAUUGCUGGAGGGAUCCUGCCUCUGCUCACACUGGCAAAGUCUUAUGAUCCUAGAGUACAACAGAAUGCUGUUGGGGCUAUUCUGAACUUAACUCGUUCAGAACGUAUUAAGAGCAUCCUGUGCCGAGAGGGAGCGCUGCCAGUUCUCACCCUGCUCCUGCAAUCAGCUGAUUCAGAAAUCCAGUAUUACAGCUGUGCCUCAUUGGGAAACAUUGCUGCCAACCCAGAGCACCAUAAAGCCAUGCUAGCCAUUGGUGACAAAUUCCUUCUUCGGAUGCUGUUCUCUCUGAUGUCUUCCUCUGUGCAAAAGGUGUCAAGUCAGGCCUGUCUCUGUUUGAAUAACCUAGCGUCAAGUGGGGAAGUCCGGGCUCACCUAUUCUCCAUGGACAUCAUGCCUUUAGUCCUGUCAUUGCUGAAUUCUAGCAGUAAAGAUGUCCGGCAAGCCUCCAUUACGCUUCUCUGCACGAUGUCCCACCCUCCUGGAAACAUGGAUGCACUGCUGUGUGAAGAAAUGCUUCAACAUUUAGCUGUAUUGAUGCAGACAGAGAGGACGAACCCUGUGGUUGUGAUCCAUGCAGCUUGCGCUAUUCAGAACCUCAGCCAAGCAGAAAACAUAGAGGUCAUUGUGCGCAGUCAGUGCUUUGAAGAAUUUCUUCUGGCCCUAAUUGACCCGAACAAUGAAGAGGAAUCUCUGCAGUAUGUGGCCUCCUGUCUCGCAGAGCUAGCUAAAUAUGACUUCACACGGGAGCAGAUGGUCAAGAGGAAGGAUAAAGAUGUGAUCAGGUGCUUGGUGAGACUGGCGGGGCACUUGGAGCACAAAGAACUUUCCUUUCAAGCAGCUACGGUCAUCAGACAUCUAUCAUAUUCUGGGAAAAUCGCAUCAGAUUUGAAGCCUCUUAUGAAAGACGUCCAGGCCUACCUCAUGAGUUUCCUCAGUCACCCAGAGCUGAGAUUCCAGCAGAUGAGCAUUGCUACACUCUGCUCUUUAAGUGAAGAUCCUGAGUUUUCCAUGACCAUCAGUCAGAGUCGGCUAAAGGAACAGCUCGAACAGGUCCGCCAGCAGACAGAGGAGACGCAGGAACUGCUCAGACUGGCCAUCAACCAAACACAGAGCUUACACUUGAACGAGUGAUUGGCUAACACUGCUGUUAUUAUUUGUAAAUGGUCUUGGCUAGUGGGGUCAGCUAUAAUUCCCCCACUGACUGUUGCUGUAGUGUUUACUUUUUCAUGUAGGGAAAAUAUUUUGUGAUGUGGAUCUUGUUCCUGCCAGUGUUGUCGGUGCAUCCUCUUGAUAAUACGCAUUGGAUUGAUACUUGCGGAAGACAAACCCCAUUCUCACUGGACAGAGCACAUUCCUUGUAUUGGAUAAACAAAUCAAAUUUAAAGGAUAACUCCACUCAAAAAUAUAGAUGAUAUUAGAUCAAUUAGGUUUUACACUUGACUCUGAGAACACCAAAUAUUUGAAAUGGGACAUCCACCUAAACUCACCUAAUGAAAACGCAGAAACACAUUGUUGCUGAUAUUUCAUUCACUGCAACCAGGGAAACAAUCAGUGCACUGCACUUUAAUCAUCAGGAAUUAUUUAACUUGUAGUAUCUAGCAUAAUUAUAUUAAUUAGGCAACAUUUGUUUUUUCAGUGGAAUUAUACUUUAACUGCAUCUUCCAAAAGCAUCACUUCUCUUCCUUUUUUAUUUAUUAUACACUUGUGUUUUGUAUUAAAACAUAACUUUUAGAAGUAGGUUUUCUAUGUUAUACCUUUUGUGUUUUAUACCAGAUGUUUAAUCCACUCCUACUGUAUUGUAAGCAUAAAAAAAAUGUUGAUAUGGUCAUAUUGUGAACUGGUAAAUUGUGUAAAGGAGUGAUCGAAUAAUACAUUAAACUAGAAAGUUGAUAAAAAAAUAA